UUAUGAUGUACAAAGAGUCAAAAGGUGUUGUGAACUUGUGAUGUAGUGCCAAAGAAAUUUACCCUUUUUUGCUUUUUCUAUAUCUAGAACUCGUGACGUUAUUUAUAUAUUUUAUAUCUAGAACUCAUCGUCAUCCUAUAGAAAUCGUCGCAUCAACCUCAACAUUUUCCUUCUUUAUAUAUACAAUUCAUCAUCAUCAGGAAUCAUCAUCAUACAGUAGAAACCUACACUAUUUCCGUAGGGAAGAUAUACAGGAGGAGUAACCUAAAUAUUAACAAUCAUCUCUCUCUCUCUCUCUCUCUCUCUCUCUCUCUCUCUCUCGUUCCUUUGGUAGUAUGAUUGUGCAAUUUUAUCUGUAAACUUAUUUUCUGAAGAGGGAGAAUGCGGGGAUUUGGGGGAAGAUUCUACUGGGGGAAGCGAAGAGGAAGAGAAGAAGAAAGAAGAAGAGGAAUAGUGGUUGUAUUCGCAUGGAUGUCAAGUGAAGAGAAGAAUUUGAAGAAACAUGUUCAUCUUUACUCCUCUCAUGGUUGGGAUUCCCUUGUAUGCCAUUCCCAAUUUCUUAAUAUGUUCUUCCCUGAUAAGGUUAUUCCUUUGGCAUUGGACCUUCUAAAUGAGCUUAUUAAGGAGCUAAAAGAAAUUCCAUGCCCGGUUGUCUUUGCGUCUUUCUCUGGUGGCCCCCUAACUUGUAUGUACAAAGUUUUGCAGGGAAACGACUUAAUCUGGUUUGACCGGUAUAACCGGGAACCGGUUCCGGAUCCGGUUCUUAAAGACCAAAAAACCGACAAAGCUGACUUGACUUAUAAAACCUGGACCAAGAUACUCGACUCAAAGUGUGAUACUCAAGGAAAUCUGGAGUAUCAACUCAUUAGAAAGUGUAUCUCCGGACAUAUAUAUGACUCAUGUCCUAUCGAUUUCGUAAAAGAUUUGGCCACCCGAUUUGUUCUUCACCCAAGCGUUCUUAAAGUCUCACAUCCUCCUAUAAUAUUAACAUGGAUUGCAAAUGGUAUCUUAUCGGGCCUAGAUGCUUUAUGCCCUGAGAGAUGGGAAUCCCAACGCACAGAAUAUUGGCAGACUUUGUAUUCAACUAUAGAAAUUGGAGCACCAUAUCUAAUACUUUGCUCAGAAAACGACGAUAUUGCCCCUUACCAAACCAUCUCCGACUUUGCUCAACGAUUACAAAGCCUUGGUGGCAAUGUCAAAUUCCUAAAGUGGAGUAGCUCCGCUCAUGUAGGUCACUAUCGAUAUCAUCCGGAAGAGUACAAAGAUGCUGUGACCGAGCUCCUAACAAAAGCUGUAUCUAUUUACUCACAAAAAACUGAACAUGGUAGUGGGCCAUCCAAUUGUUCGACCUCCUCAGAAAUGCUACACCAUUUAGGGGAACCAAUAUCUUUAGGCAUGAGACAUUCACACUCCAAUCCUAUACAAUGCGUCCAGAGAUCGAGACUGUGAUGGAUUUCAAAUCUGGGGUUUUAACGUGAAAUCUACAUCUACAUAAGAGUGUAUGUUAUAGAGUUUUGUAGAUUGUUUACUUUGGUUCUUAUUAUUUUGACAUUCUUGCC